AUGAAAAUCAUAUCAAAGGAGAAGUUCACAUGUUUGAAGGAUGUAUCAAAGAAACCAUUAAUAACAACGUUGGAUCGUGAACCAGCCAUGAGAGUCCUAAUCACUCAAGCACAGUUAGAAGAAAUGACGGAAAAAGAGAUAGUAAAAUGGAAAGUAUAUUAUCACGAAAUCGAUCACUAUUGGAAAGUUAGAAACAGAUUUGAUGGAAGAACAUUCCCAGGAAUCGCCCACACCUUAUCAGAAUUAAAAAGAGCAUUUUGGAUACCAAAGGGUAGAAUUGAAAUUAAACGAGUAUUAAACAAAUUCGAAGAUGACAUAAGUAAAAGGUUGGUAGCCUUGUUUACAUGUUUCACAAGAGCAGUACAUUUAGAAGUGGUUGAUGACUUAUCCUCUGAGAGUUUCAUGACUAUAAUGAAAUAUACUGUCAAGAUAAGAGAAUUUUUAACAGAGAAGGGAAUAACUUGGAAGAGCAUUACACCAAGAGCUCCGUGGAAUGGAGUAGUGUAUGAAAGACUUAUUGGUCUAACAAAAAAAGCCAUGAGAAGAGCUACUGGAAGGAAAUUGUUACGGGAGAAGGAAUUGAUCACAUUAAUUGUAGAGGUAGAAGAAGCAAGAGAACCCCGAGAGAAAGAAAUUGUACUGGUUAAUGAACCGGAAGUCCUCCGUGGUAUGUGGAAAUUAGCAAAGAUAAAGGAAAUUAAAAGAGGAAAUGAUGGAAAGAAGAAUCAAUUCGAGAAUUGGAGUCAAAGAAACAACCCAUUGCUUCAAGAACCAGGAAUGCUACAAAGAAGCAAAAAUCGACGAAUUGACAGGAAUCAUGAAACACUGCAGAAGGAUGAAAAGCUGCUUCAUCAAGAAGACAAAACAAUCCGGGAUCAAUUACGUUCAGGAAUAAUCAUAGAAGUUCAUCCGAACAUGAAUCAAGGAGGUACGAUUCAUUACCUACCUCACCAUGAAGUUAUGGCUCCACAUAAACCUACAACAAAACUCAGAAUUAUCCAUGACGCUUCCGCACACCUGAAAGGUACAAAAAGCUUGAAUGAAGUCCUUUAUCGUGGAUCCAUCAUGUUUCCAGAUUUAGUAGGAAUAUUACUACACUUUCGAAUGAUGAAGAAUGUAGUUAUUGCCGAUGUGAAGAAGGCAUUCUUACAACUGGAACCCCAUCCUUCAGAUAGAAAAUGUACCUGA